AUGGUUGAAAAAUUUGGACUUCAAACCAACAGUUGGGUGUUGGAGACAUAUGAGAAGCGUCAUAUGUGGGAUGAGGCAUAUAUGCGUGGACAUUUCUUUGCUGGGAUGAAGAGCACUCAGCGUUCGGAGUGUAUGAAUGCUUAUUUUAAUCCCUUCCUCCAACACAAAUUGAAGCUAUAUGAAUUUAUUAGGCACUACGAUCGGGCUCUUGCAAGGAUAAGGUAUAACGAGGCUGGAGAUGAUGUUGAAACAAAUAACACUUUUCCGGUAUUCAUUACUCCAUUGCAAGAUAUAGAGAGACAUGGAGCUGAGCUAUUCACCCGAAAUAUAUUUAGAAUGUUCCGUGAUGAAAUCUUAGAAGAGGGGAAGUUGAAUGUCAAGGACGUGUUCCCUUUGCCGGAUGGUCAGAAAUGCUACUAUAUUCAUAAGUACAAAGUGAAUGAUAGAUCAUGGAUAGUAACACAUAGUCCAGUAGAUGCUGCAAUGAGAUGUUCUUGCAUGAAGUUUGAGUCAUUGGGGCUACCUUGCUAUCACAUGAUAUGUGUUAUGAAAGCCGAAAAUUUAACACAAAUUCCCCCAACUUGUGUGCUGCAUAGAUGGACAAGGGCUACAAGCAAGGAUGGCCAGCAAUGGCCUCAACCCUCAAUUGAUAGCACUACAACACAAACGGCCUGGUAUGGGAUAUUGAGUUCUUCGUACAAUGAAAUAUGUUUCUAUGCCUCGCAAUCAACGGAAGGUUUCAAAGGGGCUAGGGAUGCAUGUCUUCCGAUGACGAGCCGGAUGAAGGAGUUAUAUGAGAGGAAUCUGAACGAUGGGAAUGGAGACAAAGGGAAACAUUCAUUCCCUCAACAAUUUGGAGUAGAAGAUCCUGAUGUUGUGAAGACAAAAGGGAACCCCGGACGGGCCUCGUCCAACUGUCGAAGACCAAGAAAAUGUGGGAAUUGCAAAUGCAUUGGGCACACAAAGUGA